GCACUUUAGUCAUUUAUUCAGUGGUAACCUCUUGCAACACAUUACACUCUUACUUCAGUGAAGAUAUCUUCGCUUUAGACUUGUCGUAAAGAAUUUUUUGCUGCCAGUCAGGAGAGAAGUCACGCUGUUUUACUUUAGAAACCCACGUCAUCUUAUAAACGAAAUGGGGGACAAUUCCCAGUUGUCUUUAAACCAUAAAUUGGCAGCACUCAAAGAAAAAUCCAGUAAUCAGAACAAUGAAAAUAAAUAUGGGUACAAUUCGUCGACAAACUCUCCUUCGACCGAUAAAAUUUUACUGGAACCCUAUAAUUACAUUUCUCAGAUUCCUGGGAAGCAGUUCCGUACACGACUCACGCAAGCUUUCAAUCACUGGCUCAACAUUCCUGACACCUUAUUACACAACAUUUCAGAGAUUACACAGAUGUUACACAAUGCAAGUUUGUUAAUUGAUGAUAUAGAAGAUAAUUCUAAAUUAAGAAGAGGUAUUCCAGUCGCUCACAGUAUGUUUGGUGUUCCAAUCACACUCAAUUCGGCGAAUUAUGUAUAUUUCUUGGGACUGAAGAAAGUUUUAGAUCUCGGACAUCCUGAUGCAAUAACAGUUUUCACAGAACAAAUGCUGGAGUUACAUCGUGGCCAGGGAAUGGAUAUUUAUUGGCGUGAUGCUGUCCACUGUCCAACCGAGGAAGAAUACAAAGCUAUGGUCAUUCGCAAGACUGGAGGUUUGUUUGGCAUGGCCAUCCGCCUAAUGCAGCUCUUCAGUUCCAACCAAAGUGAUUUCAAGAAUUUGCUAGAAUUAUUGGGCUUAUAUUUCCAGAUCAGAGAUGAUUACUGCAAUAUGAAAGAUAAGUCUUAUGAAAAAAGUAAAACUUAUUGUGAAGAUUUAAGUGAAGGCAAAUUCUCUUUCCCUCUCAUCCAUGCCAUACAAACCAAUCCUGAUGACAAUCAAGUUUUAAACAUCAUCCGACAGAGAACGGAUGACUUGGAUCUCAAGAAAUACUGUGUCGACCUACUUGAACAGCGUGGCACCUUUGAUUAUGUCAAGACUGUUUUAGUUGACUAUGAAGAGAAAAUCUUCAAAGAAAUUGAAUCAUUUGGUGGAAAUUCAAACCUUGUUGCUCUCCUUAACGACUUCAAGAUCGAUCAGCGAUGAUAAUUAAAGCACCAUUAAAAAAAAAAAUCAAGAGACAUUUUCCAGUAUGUGAAGAAAUCCUCAGAAAUACACAUUUACUGACACAAAAUAAAAAUUAAAGAAAAAAAAAAUUUUUUUUUUAAAGCACUAAUUCUUUAUUUAAAUAUAAAAAAAAGAGAAAAAAA